AUGGCUGGCUCACUGGCUGUCGACGGUCGUACUGCAAUCUGUCAAAAAUUAUUUACUCGAUUUAAUCAUGACGUCAGUUUGCCAGACCAUUCUGGGCAAUCUGACCGUUGUUCCGUCCUCCCUUCAGAAUCUCCCUAUACCCGUCGCUCACUCAGCUCUAUCUAUCACUCUCUAUCCGAUUCAGGCCGGCUGUCUGGCCUGGGCCUAUUCCCAUCUUCGCACUUUUGCCCCUCAAGACCACCUCGCCCCGUUUUCGUUCGAACCCAAGUGGAGUGUGUUCCCUCUAUUGCCCAAACUGACUGGCCCAAUGUAUGUGAUGCCGCGAAAAGUGCUUUCGUCUCAGUCGCCUCGUCCAGUCCGCCCAGAUUGCAAGGACGUCUUAGCCUCAAUUCAAAUAUUAUUUCACAGUUGAUUCAUACACUUUUUAGCCUUCUAUGCAAGCCUUCCUACUCUCUCUAUAUCCAGUUCAGCCUUAUUGCUGUAUGUAGGCGAAUUCGUUUGGGUGGAUUGACUGGCUUGAUUGUGAAGAGGAGUGAACCCCACCUGAGGGAGUUGGCUGGCCUGUCGGUUCUCACCCGACUGCAUCCAAGUCCUGACAUGAGGUGCGACGCGACCCGUGCCAGGCCUGCCGAUCGUUCAUCUGCAAAUCAGACCUCGUCUAGCAUGAUCAACUAA